AUAAGAAAAACCCUGAGAAGCUCGGAGAGACAAAACAGAAAGAGAAAAUAGAAGGAAAACGAUGCGACCACCGAGAGGAGGAGGAGGUUUCAGGGGCGGAAGGGAUGCUGAUCGAGGGAGAGGAGGUGGCCGGGGAGGCUUUGGUCGCGGUAGUGGACGUGGCGGCGGCUGGUUUCGUGAUGAAGGACCUCCUGCUGAAGUAGUGGAGGUAUCUACAUUCCUUCAUGCUUGUGAGGGUGAUGCGGUGACAAAGCUGACUAAUGAGAAAAUACCUUUCUUUAAUGCUAACAUCUAUUUGCAAAACAAGACCCAGAUAGGGAAAGUUGAUGAGAUCUUCGGUCCAAUUAACGAAUCUUAUUUUUCGAUAAAAUUGUUGGAAGGUAUUGUAGCGACUUCGUACAGUUCAGGCCAUAAGUUCUAUAUCGACCCGAGCAAGCUUCUGCCUCUUGCAAGAUUUCUUCCACAACCAAAGGGACAGGCACAAGGUGGCGGAAGAGGUGGUCGCGGAGGAGGCAGAGGUGGCGGUAGAUUUGGUGGCCGUGGAGGUGGUGGGUUUCGUGGGAGGGGUGCCCCAAGAGGUGGCAGAGGUGGUGGCCGUGGUGGUGGAUUUAGAGGCAGAGGGAGAUUUUAGAGUAAUAGCGCUUUGUAACAGUACCAAUACCCUUUUCUGCUAUCUUUUUCGAUUCCAUGGGCAUUCAACUUUGAAAAUUUUGAUUCCGGACUUGACUAUGACUCUAUCAUUGUUCAACGCAGAUGUGUUUAUUUUGUAUCUUUGUUUAUCCAAAGUACUAUACUCGAUUUGAUU